GUUGUCCACCCAAUCAAAGGAUCAGAGAAUGAAUCUAGUACUGAAAGCAUAAACUACAGCUAGCUUGCACUGCAGUGCUUAAAAUGUGGGAAAUCCACGAUGGAGGGCAUGGAUUUGGACCUGGACCCGGAGUUAAUGCAAAAAUUUAGCUGCAUGGGCACUACCGAUAAGGACAUACUCAUAGCCGAGUUUCAGAGAAUGCUUGGGUUUCAACUGAACCCCGCUGGAUGCGCCUUCUUCUUGGACAUGACCAAUUGGAACUUACAAGCAGCCAUCGGAGCCUACUAUGACUUUGAAAGCCCCAACAUCAACGCACCAUGCAUGUCUUUUGUUGGGGAUGUGACGAUCGGGGAGGGGGAGUCUGUGCCCCCUGACACGCCCUUCACUAAGACGUGGAGGAUACAGAACACAGGAGCAGAGUCUUGGCCCCCUGGGGUAUGUCUGAAGUAUGUUGGAGGGGACCAGUUUGGUCAUGUGAACAUGGUGAUGGUGCGCUCAUUAAACCCCCAGGAGAUGGCUGAUGUCAGCGUACAGAUGCGCAGCCCCCUUUCCCCUGGCAUGUACCAGGGCCAGUGGAGGAUGUGCACAGCCACCGGACUCUUCUAUGGGGAUGUGAUCUGGGUAAUCGUCAGCGUGGAGGUGGGAGGCCUCCUUGGCGUGACGCAGCAGAUGUCCUCCUUCCAGGCCGAGUUCAACACCCAGCCUGCCCGCAACGUGGAGGGAGACUACAACCCCUUCGCCUCGCCACAGAAACACGCCGGUGCCCACGAUAACAGUCACCGUGACGACAGCGGCCUCGAGGACCCCGCGGACGUCUGGGAGGGUGGCCCGGACCGAAUGCAGCAAGAGCAAAAUGGACUGUCACACAACUCUGUGAAUAUAGCAACAAACGGGCUCCAAAGCAACCUAGUGACUUACAGUCAGGGUAUUCACGAACCCUAUCCUUUUGGGCAGUCUUAAAACAUGGGAAACAUCGUCACAUCCAGGCAGCGCUGUGUUCCUGGAUCCACAACAUCUAUUGUGGGAGGAGGCUUUACUUGUGGCUGGUAGAGUAUCCUGAGAUUCAUACAAACACUUAUGCAAAGUUCCCCCUCCACUUUACGCAACACAAACGGAAACCAGAAGACAAAGCUGCUCUGUUCUCCCAGCAUACGACUCAACCAACAAGAUCCCACAUCCAGUGUAUGCAUGUGUGAAUGUUAAGUUAAAAAUGAGUGCUACAAAUCUUUUUUUAAAGAGAUGAGAUACAAGUUUUUUUUUUCUGGUCUUUAUUUUUAGUUAUUUAGUUGUCAUGUCCGAAUGCUGUUGAGACUACAGUGAUGAAAGGAGGAGUGUGUGUUUGCGUCGGAGUGUGCAUGUGAGUGGGUAUGUGUGUUUGCUUGGUUUAUGCAACCUGAAAGAGACAGACUAGGGAGGAAAAGCCAUUUAUUUUGCGUACUGAUCCUCUAGUUCCUAAGCUGACUUUAAAAAAAAAAGUAAUCUCUCUUCUUUUCAUACUUUUUAAAAUCCUAAUUUCACAGUGUAUACUUUUUAGGGACAGGAGAAUAAUUCAGCAAAUUUAGCAGCCUGAUAAGCAUGUAUUGUUUUGGAUGUUUUUCUAGUAACAACAAAGGAAGAACAGCUUAUUUACAUGCAAAUCCCAUUUGCUGCAGCUUCACUUUUGAUUGUUGGUUGGUUCUGUUACUCUGAAGUUGAGCUACAGUAUAUCCAUCCACUAGAGGGAGGUCUUUAUCAAAAUUGCAGUUUCCCACUUACCAAUUGGUGAAAAAAAAGAAACAUUAACUAACAUUUACUCAAAGGACCCUCCAUGUCAGGAUCAAUACUUGGAAAGUAGAUUAUAUCACCACACUGUAGGUUCAAUUUGUUUUAAUAGGGCUUCAUCAUUUUGUUCUGUGAGAUUGCAAAAGUUCACAUGUUGCAAAGCAGUGUCGUUUCUUGGUUUUGUCAUUUUGAGUUGAAUGUAUUUACUGAAUGUAGAGCUAUGUUGUUUUGAAGCAUUUUUGUUUUAUCUGCCCAAAGAUCUUAUACAUUUGCCUUGAAGACACAGCUUCAUUUAAGGUUUUCAGAUUUCUAACUCUUUUUGUUCAUUAUUAUUUAUUCCAAAGCCCAGGAAAAUGAAUCUAUUCUUGAGAGAAAAUUCUGAAAUUACAAUUACAGUGUCCUCUUGUUCAGACAAUGUUAAACUCAACCAUUUAUUCAAAUAUACAGGCAUUCAUUUUGUUAGUCCCUCUAAAUACUAUAUUUUAAAGAAUGUUUUAAAUUACAUGCACUAACUGGCAAAUCUCUAUGCACUGAGUAGUUUGGCCUCCAGCCCAAACGUGAGAUAUUUUACUAUUGCUCCUUAUGAUGCCAGUUGUCUUUAUGCUUCAGUUUCAUGCCUGGGACACUACAUGCCUGGUAGGCUACAUGCCUGGGACACUACAUGCCUGGGACACUACAUGCCUGGUAGGCUACAUGCCUGGUAGGCUACAUGUGUGGUCCUCCUCGGUUUUGUUAUCUUUCCAUCUGCAACCAGGGAUUGACUUUGAAAACCUGGCUUGCAAGAUUACAUUUUUCAAAUAUUUACUAUUUACUUCAUUGCAUUGGGGCAGUUGGGCAACAAACGGCAGAAAACUUAUUUGCACACAGGGAUGAUUGACUGUACUUUGUCAAUGUGACAGCAGUGUCAUUGUCCAGAACCACACCUCCUGUCAUAGCUAAUCUGCUUAUGUUACAGUUUUCCCCUGAAGGCAUUUGGUAAUAUCUUAGAUCAAUUGCAUGUGCUCUUCAAAUUUAUGAAGCAAGUUAAUGACAAAUGUUUCUCCUCGUCGUAACAGGUAUACACUGCCCAUUAAUCUCCUUGGUUGUGUCUCAAAUUGCCCCCUAUUCCCUUUAUAGUUUCCUUACUAUAUAGGGUACCGUUUAUGACACACCCCACAUUCGUAUGUUUUUUGUUUACAGUCGGAUGUCACAUAUUGAGUGAUACAUUGCUUUUUUUUAGGGGGUAUGAUAGAUUUUUUUUCUGUGAAGUUUUCAGGGGUUAGAAUGGUGAAUGGAUGACUUUUGGAAUUCUACAGCAGAACAUUUAUGAGACAGAGUCAGCAAAGAUAUGAAAGCAUUUUUCCUGUAUGUUUGAAAGAACGUUUGUAUGAUUAAAUUAUCACUGAAAACAAAA